CCAGCGUGGCCGACCUGCUGCCGGAAGAGCCCCGGCAGGGCGGCGCCGGCUCGCUGGGCGCUGGCGCGGGGUGGCUCGGGCUGCCCGGGUCGCUGGCGGUCCAGCCGCCCGCCGGCGCCUGGGCCUGGGCCCUGCCCGGCCUGGCCUGCCUCUCCCUCGCGGGCUGCGCCUGCGGCGUGCUGUACACGGCGGUCUGCGGGAGGCGCCGGGCCCACGCGAAGGGGUCGGUGCAGGCGCGGCAGGGCUCGAGCCGGGCGCCGCGGGAGCAGCUCCCCGGGCUGUGCCCUGCCGCGCGGCAGCCCGUGCCCAUCGGGGAGGAGCCGUGGCUGCAGAGGCGCGCGCGCUGCGCCCCCGACGGUGCGGGCGUCGCCGCCCCCCGCGAUGCGGCGGACGCCAGCGGCGGCGGGAGCCCGCGGGGCGAGGGCGCGCCGGCGCCGUCCGCCGACCGAGCGCCGCUGCUGUGGCCGCCGCACCGCCCGGGCUUCGAGACCGCGGCGGCGGACGCGGCCGCGGACCCGCCGACGCUGGCGGACAGCGCCGGACUCGCCGCGGGCCCGCGGUCCUUGGCGCCGCCGAGCCUCGCGCCGCCUGGUCCGGGCUUCGGGCCGCCGGCGCCCAGCUUCGGGCCGCCGGCGGGGUCGCCGCGCGCCUUCGCGAGGCCGGCGCUGCCGGCGCAGGGCGCGCCCGGCCAGGCGCUGGGGCUGCCGCCCCCCCCGGCGCUGAGCCCGAGGCUUCUGCAGGCCCCCUUCCAGCCGCUCGCCCACGCGGGCUCCGUGCGGCCGGGCGCCGGGCCGCAGCACUCGUUCUCGCGGGCGCCAGGCCCCCUCCUGAUGUACGCGUGAGGGCCCGCGGGUGUUGGUGGGGCGCCGCGCCGCGGAGUCGCGGCCUGCCCUGCACCUCCUCGCGCUCGUCGUCGUCGUCGUCGUCGUCGUCGUCGUCGUCGUCGUC